AUGGGUUUCAUGAAUCUGCAGUCUCUCUCUUCGGUCGAAGGACUGGUGCCAUGGGCCCUGUUACUCGCGAUUCCAUUAUUUGCUACUUGGUGGUGGGUAGAUUACCGGUGGAGGAUCGCAGAUGGCGAGCCUCCACUUGUGCCAUAUAGAAUUCCUUGGUUAGGUCACGGGUUAUCGUUUAUGAAAGAUAUCAAUGGCUUCACGGAAUGGGUCAGGACAAUACACCCCUCAAGCCCAGCAGCCACUGUCCAAAUAGCCGGCCAGCAUCUAUACUUAAUCUUCGACAGCAAGCUCGCCAGUCAAAUUUACCGGCGCUCGCAAACGUUCAUCUUUGAUCCAUUCUUCCUACAAACCUCGGGUAUUCUGGGAGCUUCAAAGAACGAUAUGGAAAUCCUGGAAAUGGGCGCUCAAGUUGUGUCUAAAAAGACUAACGCCAAAGAUGACGGGAGACGUGUGAUUCAUGACCUGCACAAAAUGACACCCCAAUAUCUCAGUGGAGAUUCGCUAGACAAGCUAACUACGAUGUUCAUGGAUAUCCUUAAUGAUGAUAUUGAUAAGAAAUUCCCGGCCGAUCAAGAAUCUAGCUUUGAGUGGCAGACUCUGGACUUGUGUGAGUAUAUCAAACAAGUCUGGUCACAUGCAUCUAUCACUGCCCUGUUUGGAACCCAUAUUUACGAAAUUUGGCCUGAUAUCGAUACAUGGCUCUGGGAAUUCGACAAGCAUUUCCAGUCUCUCUUUACUCAGAUGCCGAGAUUUGUGAUUCCAAAGGCGUAUGCUUUGUUAGACAGGGGCCAGGAGCUGAGUGAGAAGUGGGAGGCUGACGCGUUGCAAGCCGAGAAGGACGGAAAGAUUGAGGGAGAUCCUGAUUGGGAUCCUUAUUGGGGACUGCGAUUUGUGCGCUUGCGAAAUGAACUGCUGAGGAGGGAUGGGCUUGAGACCAAGCUCCGCGCUGGGAACCAUGUUGUUUUUAUUUGGGGACUAAACGCAAACGCCAUCCCCAUCGUAAUGCAAGUCAUGAUACAAGCUGUUCUCUCGCCAACUCUUCUUAAGACCCUAGUCACCGAAGUGUCAUCCUGCGUUAAAGAUCCAACUCUAGGGAAUCUCGAUAUUAGAAAGGUUACCACAUCACCACGAUUCAAAUCAGUAUAUCUCGAAGCACUCCGCUGGGCAACCGCAUCUCCCUCUCCACGUGUUGUCCGGGAAGAUGUCCAGCUCGGGCCAUACCUUCUCAAAAAAGGUAAUAUGGCAAUCGUCCAUUCACGCACGCUCCAAACGGACGAAGAAGCCUGGCUCGUCGAAGGAAAACCCGAAUCUCACCCCUCGAAAUUCUGGGCCGAGCGAUUUCUAGACGACGGAGGUGAUGAUAAAAGCGAAGCUCUCCGUGUAGAAGAGAACGCCGAAGCGGAAACUAAUUAUGCCGCCGACGUAAUCACACACCCCACUCCAAGGCCCACUCGUCUAUCCAAGAAUAAAGCCGUGGAGCCUGUUUCAGGGCCGAAAUCUAAGGAUAUGCAGAAACGGAUGUUGGCUCUAAGGCCAUUUGGUGGCGGCACCACGCUUUGCCCCGGAAGGCAUUUUGCUACGAACGAGAUUAUGGGGGGAUUGGCAGCACUGAUGUUGAAGUUGGAAAUUGAGGUUGAUGAGAAGGAACUUGCAAAGAGGGGUGUGCCUGAGCCGGAUCUUUCGAAGCAGGGCGGCUUGUUCCCCGAUAGGGGCUUGAUGGUUAGGAUGAGAAGGAGGGAACGAUGA